GACGGGUCCGGGUCUCGCCGGAGGUCGUCGGCCAUGUGGAGCUGCGCGGGGCGCCGCCGUCGCCGGCUGCUGGCGGGCCUCUUCGUGCUGCUGCUGGCCGCCGUCGCGAUCCGCAGGUUCAACUUGACGAACAUAAUUCCCAUGCGGUUCUGGGGCCGAGUGCUGGGCUUACAGGCCAAGCACUCGCAGUUCCUGCUGGAGGAGAAGCCCUUUCGCAUCCUUGGCGGCUCAAUGCACUAUUUCCGCAUCCCCCGGGAAUAUUGGAGGGACCGCUUGGUGAAGAUGAAGGCCUGCGGCCUGAACACCCUCACCACGUACGUACCGUGGAACCUUCAUGAGGCCGUCAGAGGGAAGUUUGACUUCAGCGGAAAUUUGGAUCUGCAGGCUUUUCUUGGGAUAGCAGAAGAAGUCGGACUAUGGGUAAUUCUGCGUCCCGGACCGUAUAUAUGCUCAGAGUGGGACCUUGGUGGCCUGCCCAGCUGGUUGCUUCAGGACCCUGAAAUGCAACUGAGGACAACCUACAAGGGUUUUACCGAGGCUGUAGAUUCUUACUUUGACAACCUCAUGCCCCAGGUGGUCCAUCUUCAGUACAAGAAUGGAGGGCCAAUUAUAGCCAUGCAGGUGGAGAACGAGUACGGCUCCUAUGCCCAGGACCAAAAUUACAUGGCCUACAUAAAGCAGGCUCUUCUGAGCAGGAACGUGGUGGAGUUAUUGGUGACCUCGGAUAAUAAAGACGGCCUGAAUGCUGGCAUCGUAGAAGGAGGUAAGUUAACAAUUAAUUAGUGGAACGACUUGCCUCCAGGACUCUAUCCCUCUCUUCUCUCUGUCUCUCAUGAUAUGCCAACGAUGGUGAUGGAGUACUGGACCGGUUGGUUUGAUAGCUGGGGAGAACCUCACAAUGUCUUCGAUGCAGAUGAGAUGCUGGAAAGGGUGGAGGGCGUCCUCCGGGCUGGAGCCUCCAUCAAUCUGUACAUGUUCCAUGGAGGCACCAAUUUUGGAUUCAUGAACGGCGCCGUACAUUUUAACGACUACAAGGCAACCAUCACCAGCUACGAUUACGACGCUGUGCUUACCGAGGCUGGAGAUUACACCGCCAAGUACUUCAAACUGCGCAAGCUUUUUUCCAGCAUGAUAGAGACGCCGCUCCCUCCACCUCCGAUAAUUUCACAUAAAGCAUCCUACGGGGCCAUCCUGAUGCAGCAAUACAUCUCACUGUGGGAAUUGUUGUCGGGAAUGGAGAUUGUGAAGUCAGAAUACCCUAUUAACAUGGAGAACUUGCCAAUAAAUAAUGGCAACGGGCAGGCAUUUGGCUACACCCUCUAUGAAACAGUCAUCCUCGGUGGAGGAACCCUCUAUUCCCGUGAUUACAUCCGAGACCGAGCACAGGUGUUUGUUAAUACUCGAUACAUUGGCCACCUUGAUUACAAUGUACAGGAGCUGCCCAUUCCUAACCGACAGGGAUAUAGGCAGCUGCAAAUUUUAGUCGAGAACUCCGGGAGAGUCAACUACGGGCUUAAUCUGAACAACCAACGGAAAGGCUUAAUUGGUGACAUUGUUUUCAACAAAACCUCCUUGAGAAACUUCAAGAUUUACAGCCUUGAAAUGAAACCCAGCUUCAUGGAAAGUCUACGAGGAGCAUCUCCUUGGAGUGCCAUCCCUGACAGCGCGGUGGGGCCUGCCUUCUUCCGAGGGACACUCCAAGUACAGUACGUGCCCCAGGAUACUUUCCUGAAGCUCGAGGGCUGGGAAAAGGGAGUUGUGUUUGUCAAUGGCCAGAACCUUGGUCGCUACUGGAAAAUCGGUCCUCAGGAAACACUCUACCUCCCGGGAACCUGGCUCCAGCAAGGGUACAACGAAAUCGUCAUAUUUGAGGAGCGUCUCGGAGGCCGCAUCAUCCAUUCCACAGACCUGGCUUUUUUGGGGAGGGUUCAGUACGUGACCUGAGCUCUUCCUGAUUGCCCCACCCUCUACUGGUAGUAAUGGUUAAGGUUAUGCUUCUUAACUGAUGGUGGGAGGUAAGAGAGUCGGGAUGCGGACCCGCCUUCCCUCCCGUUGUGAAAACUGUGCCCCGUAUCCUUAUAUUUUCUAGUUAUGGGUGGAGUUUGGCCAAGGAAGGCCCCGCCCGGUGAGUUAAUUUAGGAGGUUGACGAAGAGUACCUGAAGAAAGAAGGAUGCCCAGAUAGUUAGGAACGUUCUCCUAAAGGAACUCAAACUUUACUACAAGUUCUCGUGUAAACACUAGAUGCUAAGGACCUGACAAAAGGAACGAAUGUUCGCGCGAAAGAUCCGAAGAAUUGAAACGGCCGAUCUGCAGCGGGUUAGACUCAGACCGGCCUUUAGGCUGUGUCUGGAAAAGGAACACGUUUUGGUUUUUUGGAUCUCUAAUAGUCCACGUUGGGUCUUUUCAGACAGUUGAAGCUGCCAGUCUCAGGUCCCUGAGUUUGGUCCUUAGGAAAGGCUGCGAAGAAAUGUUGUCGUUUAUUUUAUAUAUAUAUUUUUUGCAUUCUUUCGGUCGUUCCAACCCAGAUCAUAAACGAAGGACCGCCAUGUUUGGGCAUAUAAAUGGGGGACUUCCAUGCAAAGCCAACGGGAAUCGCAUUUCAGCGACAUGUUGAUGGAUUUUUGGCGGUGGGCAGGUUGGAAUUGGACCUGCCCCAAGCUGCACAGAACGCCUGUGACCUCUGGAAGCCCCUUGCCCCACGCCCCUCGCAACUCUCUCCCCAGCUCGGCCACAUGGAGGACCGCCAAUCAUAAAGGAUGGGUGCUAGGCCAGGAGUGGGUGGGAUCGGGAUGUACCUUCACACGUACUCAACCUGCUGCUAAACUCUCGGAGCGCCCCUUUGAGCCAGGGGGGAGGUCCAACUUGAGCCCCACACGUGUAGAGAGCCCACCACCAAAGACCAGCCCCAAACGGUGCUGUUUCAGAAAAUAGACACAUCUGGAAAAACAUCACACCAUGUUUCACACCCCCAGGUUGCGAUUCUGUGCAGCGGGCUUCGUCCGUUUUGCCACAGGCGCCCCUCCCUCGGCAAAAUAGGACUGGCAACUCUCUCUAUAUCCACAGCCCUCCUUUUAUCUUUUCUCGAUCGGAUCUCCUAAACUGGGGAAUGAGUCCACAGUCCGAACACGGCUCCGUUUUGGAGAUAAUCCUCGGAUUAGGACGGCUUGCGUCAAGAAUUCGACCGCGUCUCCUGUGCUUCCGAGGGAGGGGGUCUGAAGGAUUGGAGAUUCAGCCCCGGAAAGGGUGCUUUUGCGUGCAUUUCGGAAUAAUUAGAAGAGGAAUUGGAUCUGUUUUUUUUUAAAAAAAAUGAUCUUUUUUGUGCCUUUUUUU